CAGUUUAACACAGAAUGAGCAAAGUCCAACCUCAGUACACAGUCCUAACCAAGCUAGUCCAGUAGGACUGCUGAAUAACCUUCCAGAACAUGUGAAAACAGAUUAAGAUCUGCUCUCCUGAUUUAAAAUGGAUUCUGAAGAUGAAACAAAGCCUUACAUAAACAGAAAGGAUGAUAAUAUUGCUGUAUCAAAUCAGGAUUAUGAAUCUGAAGAUAAAUGCAGCAAGGAUGAGAAGAAACCUGAGAAACUGAAUAUGGUCAGUCCGUUAACGGUGUUUCGAUACUCUGACUGGUGGGACAAAUUCCUCAUGGUGCUGGGCGCUACCAUGGCAAUACUCCAUGGAGCAGGACUCCCCAUUAUGAUGAUUGUCUUUGGUGACAUGACAGAUAGUUUUAUUACUUCAGAAAACAUGACUUACCCAGAAAAUUUUUCUUUAUUUAACCAUACGUCAGUGAAUUUUUCUACAGAUUUUUUUUCUUAUGCUCUGCUCGGAGAGUUGGAGGAUGAAUUGACCAGAUAUGCAUAUUAUUAUUCUGGAAUAGGAGCUUGUGUUCUUUUUGCUGCCUACAUUCAAGUUUCAUUUUGGACACUAGCUGCUGGCAGGCAAAUAAAAAGAAUCAGACACGAAUUUUUUCAUGCUGUAAUGAGACAGGAGAUUGGAUGGUUUGAUGUAAAUGAUGUGGGUGAACUGAACUCUAGAAUUGUAGAUGACAUCUCCAAGAUUAAUGAAGGAAUAGGGGAAAAAAUAGGGAUGUUCUUUCAGGCAGUGGCUACGUUUUUCGCUGGAUUUAUAGUUGGUUUUACAAAAGGCUGGAAACUAACACUUGUGAUCCUGGCAUUCAGUCCCGUUCUGGGCUUCUCUUCAGCUAUCUGGGCAAAGAUAAUUUCUGCAUUCACUAACAAAGAACUAACUGCAUAUGCAAAAGCAGGAGCUGUUGCAGAGGAAGUUCUGGCAGCAAUUCAAACUGUGGUAGCAUUUGGAGGACAGAGGAAAGAAACUGAAAGAUACCAAAAAGAUUUAGAAGAAGCCAAACACAUCGGUAUCAAAAAAGUUAUUUCAGCCAAUAUUUCCAUAGGUAUUGCUUUCUUUUUGAUAUAUGCAUCAUAUGCAUUGGCUUUCUGGUAUGGAACCACUUUGAUACUCUCUGAUGACUAUACAGUCGGAAAUGUCUUUACAGUCUUUUUUUCUAUAUUACUUGGAGCUUUUGGGGUUGGAUCUAGUGCACCAAGCAUGGAGGCAUUUGCCAAUGCAAGAGGAGCUGCCUAUGCAAUCUUCAGUAUUAUAGACAAUGAACCUCAGAUUGACAGUUCAUCCAAUGCUGGCUAUAAACUGGACCAUGUUAAGGGGACUUUGGAAUUCAAAAAUGUUUACUUCAAUUAUCCUGCUAGGCCAGAUAUUCAGAUACUGAAAGGCUUGAAUCUCAAGGUCAACUGUGGCCAGACAGUAGCCCUGGUUGGUGGCAGUGGCUGUGGGAAAAGUACAACUGUUCAGCUCAUCCAGAGAUUUUACGAUCCCAAGGAAGGCACGAUUACCAUUGAUGGGCAGGAUAUCAAGACCCUGAAUGUAAGAUAUCUGAGGGAGAUUAUUGGUGUGGUGAAUCAGGAGCCUGUGCUCUUUGCUACUACCAUUGCAGAAAAUAUUCGCUAUGGCCGAGAGGAUGUCACCAUGGAAGAAAUUGAGAAAGCUACCAAGGAAGCUAACGCUUAUGAUUUCAUCAUGAAGCUACCCAAGAAGUUUGAAACCGUGGUUGGAGAAAGAGGGGCACAGCUGAGCGGAGGCCAGAAGCAAAGAAUAGCAAUUGCCCGAGCUCUGGUUCGCAAUCCUAAAAUUCUUCUGCUUGAUGAGGCAACGUCAGCUUUGGAUACUGAGAGUGAAUCGGUUGUGCAGGCAGCACUUGACAAGAUCAGGAAAGGACGCACCAUACUUGUUAUUGCUCACCGUUUGUCAACAGUUCGAAAUGCAGAUCUUAUAGCUGCUUUUGAAAAUGGUGUCAUCACAGAACAAGGGUCACAUGAUGAAUUAAUGGAACAGAAGGGAGUUUACUACAAACUUGUUAAUAUGCAGACAUCAGGAACUGAAGAUCAGUUACAGGAAGAAGGUAAUGCACCCAGUGUCUCAGGCAAGACACUGAAUGGAUCAGUACUGACUGGACAGAAAAGACAGUCCACUCGGAAAAGCAUAAAAAGGUUCAGAAUACAGAAUGAUGAACUUGAUGUAAAAGCUGUUCAGCUUGAUAAAAACAUACCUCCGGUGCCAUUUUUUAAAAUUAUGGCGUUGAAUAAAACUGAAUGGCCUUACUUUGUUGUUGGAACUCUAUGUGCAGUUAUCAAUGGGGCCUUACAACCCAUAUUUUCAGUCAUAAUUGCAGAUGUUAUAGGGAUGUUUGUAGAAAAAGGAAAGGCUGCUAUCAGGGAGACAAAUAGCAUGUAUGCACUACUCUUUUUAGGUUUUGGACUAAUUUCUUUUGUCACGUUUUUUCUUCAGGGUUUCACAUUUGGCAAAGCUGGAGAAAUCCUUACAAUGAGGCUCCGAUCCAUGACAUUUAGAGCAAUUCUGAGACAGGAGAUCAGCUGGUUUGAUGAACCUAAAAAUAGCACUGGAGAAUUAAUUACAAGACUUGCUAGUGAUGCCUCACAAGUGAAAGAAGCUACAGGUUCCAGACUGGCAUUAAUUGCUCAAAAUGUAGCGAAUCUUGGGACUGGGAUCAUUUUGUCAUUGACCUAUGGCUGGCAGUUGACUCUUCUGCUUUUAGCCAUUGUGCCAGUUAUUGCUGUAACAGGAAUGAUUCAGAUGAAGAUGCUUACUGGACAUGCAAAAAAAGAUAAAAAGGAACUGGAAACUGCAGGAAAGAUUGCGUCUGAAGCCAUAGAAAACAUUCGAACUGUUGUUGCUUUGACUCAGGAAAGAAAAUUUGAGUUUAUGUAUGGGCAAAAUUUGCAAGUGCCAUACAGAAAUUCUGUAAAGAAGGCACAUAUUUUUGGGUUUACUUUUGCAUUUUCGCAAGCUAUUAUGUACUUUAUUUAUGCUGGAUGUUUUAGGUUUGCUGCAUAUCUAGUAAAAAAUGGACAUAUGCUGUUUAAAGAUGUGCUUUUAGUUUUUUCAGCUAUUGUAUUUGGUGCAAUGGCAUUAGGACAAAGCACUUCUUUGACUCCAAACUAUGCCAAAGCCAAGAUGUCAGCUGCUCACUUGUUUAUGCUGUUUGAAAGAGUUCCCUCCAUAGACAGUUACAGUGAGGAAGGGGAGAAGCCUAAAAUAUUUGGUGGAAACAUAAUGUUCAAAGACGUGGAAUUUAACUACCCAACCCGACCAGAGGUCAAAGUGCUCCAAGGCCUGAACAUCGAGGUAGAAAAAGGACAAACUCUGGCUCUUGUUGGUAGCAGUGGUUGUGGUAAGAGCACUGUUGUUCAGCUGCUUGAGAGAUUUUAUGAUCCACUCAGUGGAGAAAUGCUCUUGGAUGGCCAAAAUGCAAAGACGCUAAAUAUCCAGUGGCUGAGAGCUCAGAUCGGUAUCGUCUCCCAGGAGCCAAUCCUGUUUGACUGCACUAUUGCUGAAAACAUCGCAUAUGGAGAUAACAGUCGGGAGGUGCCACAUGAGGAAAUUGUUAGAGCAGCAAAAGAAGCCAAUAUUCAUUCCUUCAUUGAAUCACUACCAAAGAAAUACAGCACACGUGUGGGAGACAGAGGAACCCAGCUCUCCGGCGGUCAGAAGCAACGCAUUGCUAUUGCCCGAGCACUUGUACGGCAGCCCCAAAUCUUGCUGCUAGAUGAGGCUACCUCUGCUCUGGAUACGGAAAGUGAAAAGAUUGUCCAGGAAGCGCUGGAUAAAGCCAGGGAAGGUCGCACCUGCAUCGUGAUAGCUCACCGCCUGUCCACCAUCCAGAACGCUGACAAGAUUGCCGUGAUCCAGAAUGGCAAGGUCGUAGAGCAAGGGACUCAUCAGCAGCUCCUGGCUGAAAAAGGCAUCUACUAUUCUCUGGUCAACGUUCAAAGUAGGCCAUGCAGUGUAUGAUAAAGGGCAGCAGCUCUUGCUGAGUGCAGCUGUACAGCUGGUUCAAUACUUUGUCUGAGCCUUUUAAGGGUAUUUCAGUACUUCUAGUUUUGAUAAAAUUCUGUAACUAGCUUCCUUAAAUCCCACAAGUAUUAAAGCAAAUGUACCUCCAUUAUUUAAGAACCUAA